GACCAUGUAUUAUGGUCUUCCGUCCAGGCUGCGUUCAAGUAAAAACGUACUUUGCAACCACUGUGCGCAGUGAUUAAAAAUAUUUUGGCGACAUUUAUUUUUUGGAUUCAGCCAUUUAGCGAUCAUUUCUAAAGGGAGCGGCGGCCGACUGACAUCCGUUCACAGCCAUACUCUCACACAUCACUCGCGUUUUUUUAUUUAUUUAUCCUGCGUACUGACAGCGCUGAACGCGACCCCAAAGUGUCCCGUUUCAAAGGGACGACAAUAGAGAUGAAUUGACCGGCGGCAUUAACAGACCCUCGCUGGAGGAGGCAGCAGAUGUGCGGAGGACAGCAGCACAGCUCGGACCUACGGAAAGACAAUCAUGGCGGUGAAUGUCCCUGGACUUGUGGCUGUGGUGGUUUUUUAUAUUAUCAUCCUGGUAAUGGGGAUCUGGGCGUCACGAAAAUCCAAGAAAGUGGAGAAGACAGUUGUCGGCAGCAAGAGCGAAGUUGCCAUCGUCGGUGGCCGCAACAUCAAUGUCCUGGUCGGGGUUUUCACCAUGACAGCAACCUGGGUUGGUGGAGGGUACAUUAUGGGAACUGCUGAGGCUGUUUAUUCUCCCAGUCAAGGUCUCAUCUGGGCUAUGGGGCCUCCUGCAUAUCUUAUCAAUUUUCUUUUGGGAGGAUUAUUUUUUGCAAAACCUAUGAGGUCGAAGCGAUAUGUGACAAUGUUGGAUCCAUUUCAACAUCGCUAUGGAAACAUGUUCACCGCAACGCUACUGCUUCCUGCUUUGGUCAGUGAUAUUUUGUGGGUGGCCUGCAUCCUUGCUGCUCUGGGAGGAACAAUGAGCAUAAUCCUCGGGCUGUCGUCUGCCCUCUCUAUUGUUAUCUCAGCAGUUGUCUCCAUCAUUUACACAUUUUUAGGGGGUCUCUACUCUGUUGCAUAUACUGAUAUCAUCCAGCUGUCCUUCAUCUUUGUCAGCCUGUUUCUCUGUAUUCCUUUUUUGAUACUCAGUCCUGCAGUUACUGACAUCUCUGAAGCAGUCCAUCUCAACCAAUCAAAUGUAAACGCAUGGCUAGGCGAGCUGGAGCUGGCAGAUGCAGGAAAAUGGAUGGAUGAAAUGCUGUUAUUGGCGCUGGGGGGACUGGCCUAUCAAGCUCUAUACCAGAGGAUCCUCUCUGCAGCCUCCUCUGCUCAGGCUCAGAUCACCUGUUUUGCUGCUGCCGGGACCGUUUUUAUUAUGGGAAUCCCCUCAGUUGUCAUUGGAGUGGUGGCUGCCUCCACAGACUGGAACCAGACUGCGUAUGGUCUCCCCCCUCCUUUUGAACGAGGGGAGGCAGGGAAGAUCCUGCCACUGGCCCUGCACUACCUCACACCCACCUGGUUGUCAGUGUUAGGCAUUGGUUCUGUGGCGGCAGCAGUUAUGUCCUCCAUGGACUCUGUGCUGCUGUCCUCAGCAUCCAUGUUUACACAAAACAUAUACAAGACGACUUUGAGGAAGCAGGCCUCGGAGCGAGAGCUGCAGCGAGUGAUCCGUGUUAGUGUGCUGCUGGUGGGCCUGGCUGGAAUGGGCCUGGCUUUCGGGGAUGACAGUGUGUUCUCCCUCUGGAUGCUAAGUGGGGACCUCAUCUACUGCGUGAUCCUCCCGCAGCUCGUCUGCGUGCUGCACUUCAGCUGUGCUAAUACCUAUGGUGCUAUUAGUGGCUACAUAGUGGGGAUUGUGCUGCGUGGGCUGAGCGGUGAGCCAGUGCUUGGGAUCCCUGCUCUCCUCCUGUACCCCGGCUGGAGGGAGGAGAACGGCGUUAUCAAGCAGUAUUUUCCUUACAGGACUCUGGCCAUGGUUUGCUCUGUGAUAUGUAUUAUUACAGUAUCCAAGAUGGUGGAGCUAGGUUUUUGUUACCAACAAAUUCCUCAGUCCUGGGAUUUACUAGGGGUGUUUGACGAGAAAAAAGAGGCAGAGGAGGAGGAGGAGGAGGAGGAGGUACCUGUUCCUCUGGAGAAAAAUGACAAUAUCCUUAAUACAAAAUUCUAGGCUUAAAUUUAGUACAACCUCAGCCAAAGUAUACAUAAACUUCUUGUUAUGCAAAUUCCUACCAACCUUCUUCUCUGCACAGACUAUUUACGCACACUCUUACAUGUACUGUACAUGUUUUAAUACUGAAGUAUAUGCAUCAUAUGCACCAAACUCUGACCAGCAGUAUGUUGAGCGAUUCAGGGAGGCAGUUGAGACAUGGUAGGUGUCUCUUUGUAACAAAACAGAAUCAAGACCACAAAUGAAGACCUCAGUAUUCUGAUAUUUUGACUCUUAAAAUGAACCCGUUCCCAUCAAUUAUUAUCACAGUUCACACAAAUAUUUCCGUAGUUUCUGUAGUUUCUUCGAGUCCUCUACACCCCCAAACCUUUUCAGUAUAAUGAGCUCAACCCCAAUUAGUGUUAUUUAAUUGUGUAAUCAUUAGAGUUAUACUUUGUUUAUAUGAAACAGUGAAGGAUGACGCGACUAUAGCUGAUGCAAAACUGGAGACGUGGUUGAAGUGGUUGAAGUGUUCCUCGGGACCAAUAAUUUGAGCUGGAGGCAAAGCUUUAUUUUAUGUUUUAAAGGGAUCAUCAACGAAGGACCAUCAAGAAAUAGAAUUACUAUUAGUAUUUUUUAGGUGUUUUGUGAUUGAAGUGUUCAUAAAAAAUGAAACAUGAUCUGUGUCUUUUUAAUGUGUAUUUGUGUACAAAAGAAAGAAAAAAAAAUCACUGCACAUAGAAUACACCGUUUUUACACCUAUUUAUCUUUAAAAACGCACUUUUGUAAAAUCACCAACAGCAUUUAAUCACACCACGCAAAGUAUUUGCCUAUGCUGCCUUUAGAGCAAUGAUUUGACCUGAAGUGCUCUUUGAUUAUGCUCAAACUACAAUGCUGCUGCAGUGUCACUUUUGUAUCAGCAGAGGGCGACACCGACACAGUGAAUGGACCUAAACUGUCUUGAAUCAGGUUGAAUGAAAAAUAAAUCCGCAAAAAACGAAGUUUCAAAGUAUAAACAAUAAAUCCAUUGAUUCAUCAUGUUCACCACAUUAUUCCUCAAAUGCCACAUGCUGCCUCUGUUGUUGCACAAGUAGAUCUAGUUUAAAACACAAACAUUAUAU